AUGGCUGUGUUGGGUAAUGGGGUUAUUACUAGUGCAACUUUUUCUUGCUCUUCUAGUUCUUCUACUGAAAGUGAAAGUCAAUGUGAUGUACAACCCUUGAAAGCUAGCCAAAGAUUGAUAGAAAAGCUUGCUUUGAAAAUUUCCCCUCACCCUAGGCCUUACAAACUACAAUGGUUGAGUGAGAAUGGGGAGCUAGUUGUAGAUAUACAAGUUUUGAUAUGCUUUUCCAUUGGAAAAUAUGUUGAUGAGAUACUAUUUGAUGUAGUCCCUAUGGAGGCUAGCAAUCUCUUACGUGGAAGGCCUUGGCAGUAUAAUAAGGAUGUUGUCCAUAAUGGUGUCACAAACAAAUUUUCAUUUGUUCAUAAAAGGAAAAAGGUUACCCUCACACCUAUGUCUCCAAGUGAGCUUAUUUGUCUAGCUACUUUUCUCAAGGUUUCGGAGAAUGAUAGCUCUGAUCCGUAUCAGAAUAUUACAAAAGGCGAUCCACCUCAACAGGAGAGAAGUCGUAAAAUUGGCAUAAAGAAAAAAUUCAAAAAUAUAGCACAAGAUGAUGCACCUCAACAGGAGAGAAGUCAAAAAAUUCAGAAAAACAAAGAACUCGAGAAUAUUACGCAAGGUGAUCCAUCUAAACAAAAGAGAAGUCAAGGAAAUAAGAAAAAGACAGAAGACGACAAUAUUACUCAAGAAGCAUUUGAGAAACAUGCUUUAAAGGAAGGGAGUGGAAGGUGGAAGAGAAACAUCUGGGUUCAUUGCGAAGAUGAAGACAAAGUUCCACUCUGGAAGACACCUCUGAUAAAAUAUUACACACACCAGGCAAAUGUGCCUAACCGGAAAGACUCUACAAUGAGGAAACAAAACUUUCACAGGGAUGAGUUCCUGCGUUGCACGAGAUGCAGGAAGGAGUGCAGGUUCCAUCUCAAGAGCAGACCAGACAUUAAGAACUACCAUGAUUCUUUAAACAACAAAUGCUGGACUUGUUCUCUUUGGCCUUAUCAAAAAAUAACAUGUGAUGAUGAUGAAGAGAGAUCAAGUCUGAAAGCAAGCAGGGGCUGUUCUCGUUCUUCAACUUGCCAAGGCUGCUCAACUUGUUACUAUGAAGGGUGCAUCAAGUGCCGCUUUGAGGAUUGCAAUUGCCAAAAAUGCAGAGACUUUAUGCUAUAUGCUGAACCUUAACUGCACUCUGCAAAGUGCCAUUUCUGAAUUGACUAAUUUUGCACCUACAUGAAGACAUGAAAUCUAUAUGAUGUUGCGGAGAAACUUUGGACCUCUUUAUUACUGUUUAAGAAAGCUUUGACUUUUUUUCUUUUCCUUUGGGGAACUUCUAGAUGGUACCAUCUUGGUCUUUCAUUUGAUCAAAUCAGAACUAGUUCUCUUUGAAUAAUAUUGAGCUUGACAUGGUACUCAACAUAAAAUUUUCUUUUUUAUAUUA